GCCGGGCUCAGCGCUGCGCUUCCGCGCGGGUAAGCGGCUGCGCGGGGAGCCGCGGGGGGCCGGGCCGGGCCGGGGCGGGGCGGGCGCUGGUUACGCUCCCCUGGGAGGCUGCGCUCGCCUUGCCUGCCUGCCCGCCCGCCUGCCCCCCCCCCCCCCCCCCCCCCCCCAGUUUUCAGCGGAAACAAUAGCAAAUAUCAGCAUUUAUUUGCUAAGGGGCCGCCGGCAGGGCGGGGGCGGCCCGGCACAAUAGCGGCUUUGGGGGGCGGCGCAGGGCCCCUGCGUGGCGCCCCCCCGCCCCCCGCGGCUGCGGGGCCGUGCGCGCGGGGAGCGGCGGCGCGCGCAGCGCGUGCGGCGGGGCCGUGCGCGGGGCUGGGCGCGAGGGAGCGUUGCCGUUAGUGCCGGCACCGGGGGCGGCCGGGCUGCGGGGGGGCGGCCCCGCGCGCAGCGGGCACGUGGGGAGCCCCGGGGUGUGUGUGUGAGCUCAGGGGACGCGGGGUCGGUGGCAGAAAUGACGAAAUCGGGGUCUCGGGACCUCCCGGGGAGUCCGUGAGGCCGCGCGCCGUGCCGGGGCCCGUCCCGUGUCAGCGGUGAGAAACCCACGGCUGAGCCUUCGGGGGGCUCCGUGACUCCUCCGUGCGGCAGCGGCGCGUUCCCCUGCUCCCAGGUCCGCCAUGGACACGAGCGGCCACAGCAUCCUCCUCCUCCAGCAGCUGAACAUGCAGCGGGAGUUCGGCUUCCUGUGUGACUGCACGGUUGCCAUUGGAGAUGUUUACUUCAAAGCCCACAGAGCGGUGCUCGCUGCUUUUUCAAACUAUUUUAAGAUGAUAUUUAUUCAUCAGACGAGUGAAUGUAUAAAGAUUCAGCCUACAGACAUCCAGCCUGACAUAUUCAGUUACUUGUUGCAUAUCAUGUACACUGGGAAAGGGCCAAAGCAGACUGUCAGCCAGAGCCGACUGGAGGAGGGCAUCCGCUUUCUCCACGCAGACCACCUCUCCCAUAUUGCCAUCGAGAUGAACCAAGUGUUCUCCCCAGAGCCGGUCCAGUCUUCAAACUUGUAUGGGAUCCAGAUCUCAACUGCACACAAAUCGGCCAAGGAGCGCCUGGGAGCAAAGGAGAGUCUGCCCAAGGUGGGCAGCAGGUGUGCUGUCCAGGGCGACCACCCACAGCUGCAGCUCUCUCUGGCCAUCGGCCUGGAUGACAGCUCCCUGGACCAGCAGGUUGCUCGCGCCUCUGCUCAGCCUGCUGCUCUCACCAAGCCAGCAGAAGAGCGUCCGAAGCUCUCGGUCUCCAUAAAGCAGGAGCAGUGUGACACGGAGCCUGUGGUGUCCCAGAGCUGCACCCCUCCUUUUCCGGAGGUGGCGAGCCCCAUCUUUGCUAAGGCCAGCCUCAAGGUGCACUUGUGCCACUACUGCGGGGAGCGUUUCGACUCCCGGGGUGGGCUGCGGCAGCACUUGCACACCCACGUCUCGGGCUCGCUGCCAUUCGGUGUGCCGGCCUCCAUCCUGGAGAGCAGCGAUCUGGGGGAGGUGCAGCCUCUGGCUGAGGAUAGGGAGGCUGGGGAUCGCCACCGGCUCGGGGCCUUCCUCCUCAAGGAUGACGAGCAUCAGCUGGACCCUCCGAGCUGCAGUGAUCUGGAGCCUCUGCAGAUCGGCCAGCUCUCGCUCAUCUCCAAGGACCACGAGCCGGUGGAGUUGAACUGUAACUUUUCUUUCUCAAGAAAGAGAAAAAUCAGUUGCACUGUCUGUGGCUGCACGUUUUUCCGGAAGAGCCAGCUGCUCGAACACAUGUACACACACAGAGGGAAACAGCACAAAUACAGCCGCUGCCAGCGGCUGGAGAGCCCUGCGACCCCCAGGUUCCAUCCUUAUUGUGACAGCGAGAGCCUGGGGAAGAGCUCCAGUUUAUCCCAGGACCACUUAGAUGAAUGCAUACUGGAGUCUGAUCUCAUCCAAGAAAGUGUUGAUACGAUCCUGGUAGAGUAGUUCUCCCCCUGAAGUAGCCUUCAGGUGCUGAAACUCUGAAUAUUUUGGUGUUUUACCACCUAGCGAGUGGCUGCUCCCCGCAGCUGAUUUUCUUUAACGACCAUUUCCCACCAUCUCUGAGAUAACUGUGAAAGACUGUGUACUUUGAUUUGUGUACUUGCUUUUUUACUUCUCUAACUUUUACACUCAAUUCAGUUCCCAUCUAAGUCCUUCUCGGGAAGCUUCUGUGUAACUUGGUUACAUUUUUCAGAAAUGUGAACUUACUCCUGCUCUGCUUUACUAGAGUUAAGACUGUAGUGCUGGGUGUGAGGUUUAAACAUUGUCUCAUAUGCUGCGUGGUGCCUCAGACUGUUUGUAUCCCAUAGCAUUGCUUUUUUGAAACUAGAUGAAGAGAAGCGUAGAGGGAAAGAUGUACUGUGUUUCCCAGACAGUUUGUUUUUAAUUAAAAUAAAUAUCUCAAGGAGAUGAA